AUGAUUUCGGACAAUGAGUUGUUUGCGCUGAACAAGCAGGCUGCGACUGCAGGGCUUAAGGCCAAACCAAGAAUCAGUUACAACACUGUGGCGGGUGUUAAUGGGCCUCUUGUUAUUUUGGAGCGUGUAAAGUACCCGCAGUACAAUGAAAUCGUCAACCUAACCCUACCAGAUGGGUCUAUUCGGCAGGGACAAGUGUUGGAGGUGAGAGGGGACCGUGCAAUCGUGCAGGUGUUCGAGGGCACGUCGGGUAUCGACGUGAAGAAAACGACAGUGGAGUUCACAGGCCAGAGCUUGAAGAUUCCGGUGUCUGAUGACACGCUGGGGCGGAUCUUCGAUGGAUCUGGUAGGCCGAUCGACAACGGCCCCAAGGUGUUUGCUGAGGACUACGUUGAUAUCAAUGGGUCGGCCAUCAACCCGUAUGCGCGUAUCUACCCCGAAGAAAUGAUUUCGACGGGUAUUUCGGCCAUUGAUACGAUGAACUCCAUUGCUAGAGGGCAGAAGAUCCCUAUCUUUUCUGCGUCUGGUCUGCCUCACAACGAAAUCGCGGCCCAGAUCUGUAGACAGGCCGGUCUGGUGCGUCCAACGAAGGAUGUGCACGAUGGUCACGAGGAUAACUUCAGUAUCGUUUUUGCUGCGAUGGGUGUCAAUUUAGAAACCGCCAGGUUCUUCAAGCAGGAUUUUGAAGAAAACGGUUCCUUGGAGCGGACCUCACUGUUUUUAAACUUGGCUAACGACCCAACGAUUGAAAGAAUUAUUACGCCCAGACUCGCCCUAACUACGGCAGAGUAUUUGGCUUACCAGACAGAGAGACAUGUGCUGACCAUCUUGACCGACAUGUCCUCCUAUGCUGACGCGCUAAGAGAGGUUUCGGCUGCGAGAGAGGAGGUUCCUGGUAGACGUGGUUACCCAGGUUACAUGUACACCGAUUUAUCCACUAUCUACGAAAGAGCCGGAAGAGUUGAGGGUAGAAAUGGGUCUAUCACUCAAAUUCCCAUUCUAACCAUGCCGAACGACGAUAUCACUCACCCAAUUCCUGAUUUGACAGGUUAUAUUACGGAAGGACAGAUAUUUGUCGAUCGCCAGCUGUCAAACAAGGGUAUAUACCCACCUAUUAACGUUUUGCCGUCUUUGUCACGGUUGAUGAAGUCUGCUAUCGGUGAGGGUAUGACCAGGAAAGACCAUGGCGAUGUUUCGAACCAGCUUUAUGCGAAGUACGCCAUCGGGAGAGAUGCUGCUGCUAUGAAGGCCGUUGUGGGUGAGGAAGCAUUAUCCAUGGAAGAUAGACUAUCUCUGGAAUUCUUGGAGAAUUUUGAGAAAACAUUUAUCAGUCAAGGCGCUUAUGAAAAUAGGACUAUCUUUGAAUCUUUAGACCAUGCAUGGUCACUGCUACGUAUCUACCCUAAGGAAAUGCUGAACAGAAUUUCGCCUAAGAUCUUGGAUGAGUUCUACAAUAGGGCAAGAGAUAGCGAUGCCGACGACGCCGACGACGAUGAGGAAGACGAUGACUCCGAUGAAUCGCAUCAGGAGGCGGAGCGGAGUCUCAUCUGA